UCCCUUCCUCCUCCUCCUCUUUCGCCCGCCGCGGCCGCCUGCCAUUGGGAGCCGCGCCGAGGCAGCCGCUCUUGCUCCGCCGCCGCCGCCGCCGCCAUCAUGAGCUUCUUGUUUGGUAGCCGCUCUUCUAAAACUUUUAAACCAAAGAAGAACAUUCCGGAAGGCUCCCACCAAUAUGAGCUGCUGAAACACGCGGAGGCAACUCUUGGAAGUGGCAACUUACGGAUGGCUGUUAUGUUGCCCGAAGGCGAAGAUCUAAACGAAUGGGUUGCCGUGAACACUGUGGACUUUUUUAACCAGAUCAACAUGCUUUAUGGGACAAUUACGGACUUCUGCACAGAGGAGAGCUGUCCAGUGAUGUCUGCCGGGCCAAAAUAUGAAUAUCAUUGGGCAGAUGGGACAAACAUCAAGAAGCCAAUAAAGUGCUCGGCACCAAAGUACAUCGAUUACCUUAUGACUUGGGUUCAGGAUCAGCUGGACGAUGAGACGCUGUUUCCAUCCAAAAUAGGUGUUCCCUUCCCAAAGAAUUUCAUGUCGGUAGCUAAGACCAUCUUGAAGCGUCUCUUCAGAGUUUAUGCUCACAUAUACCACCAGCACUUUGAUCCGGUGAUCCAGCUUCAAGAAGAAGCUCAUCUCAACACGUCCUUCAAGCACUUUAUCUUUUUUGUUCAGGAAUUUAACCUUAUAGACAGACGAGAACUUGCUCCGCUCCAAGAACUGAUUGAAAAACUCACUUCCAAGGACAGAUAAGCAGAAAAUGAAGUGGUGGAAAUCCAGUUGGUUUUCUUUAAAGCAGGCAUGUGGGGUUUUUAGGGAUUUGGGCUGAAAUUCUCUGCGCACUUAAAAGUUCCACGGGACUUUAACUCCCGAGUAAGUGUGUGGAGGAGGUUUGCAACCUUACAUUUGUUUGUUUUUAGAAAGGAAAGGAAACUUCUGUUUUAAUUCAGGCAACCUAGAUCCAUUCUCUGUGCUUUUUAUUUGUGAAACAAACCUCUUUCACUUAGUGAGAUAUAUAUAUAUACACACACACACACACACAGUAAAUGGUUUUCUGUUCUUGUUCAUUGUUAAUGUUGAUUUUUAGCAGAUUGUUGUGUGUUAAUAAAGGAAAAAAGACAUGCUUGUUGGGGAAAUGUGACAUUGCUAGUUGGAAAAUGCAGGAUUGCCAGUCGUACAACGUUCUCAGAAGGUCCUUUAAAAGAGACUUAAUCUUCUCUAAGUGCCUUGGUAGAUUCUCUUCUGAGGCACAAAGCACAUACAAAGAACAUUGCUGGAAACAGAAAACACAAAUAGCUACCCAGGACAUUUAUUAAGACUUGUUAUAUGUAAUUAAUCAGUGCAAACCUUUUCUAAAAGCCAUAAGGUCUGUCAGUGAUCUCCAAUCUUUUAAAGAGAAAGCAAUGAUUUUAUAGAAGUGAACAUAAGUUAGGGAAGAGAAGUCAGCGAGUGGCUCACUUUUUUUUUUUUUUUUUUUUUUAAUAACCUACUGAGGUAUCCACCUGGUACAUCUUCGAUAUUGUAGGGGGCCAAGAAUAAUUCUGGGUACACCACUUUUCCACAAUUUACAUUCUGCCAAGAUUUGAACUCAUUUUGAUCGGAAAGUCGGAUUAUUAUUUUUUUCUCAAAUCUGUGCUUUUAUCAAACUGAACCCUAAACUUUCCCGCCCUUUAAAUCACGAGUCCCACAGUGGCUUCACGACAAAAUAAAAGGGAAGUAGCAUUAAAUCCAAAAUCUCCCAUUUUUAAAAUUUUUCGGAAUGUCAUACAUUUUGUCUGUUUUGCCACCGUUUCCAUGGAUUGACUGACACACAAAUUACUCCACGUAUCCUUAAAUCCUAAUCUUGAAGCUCACUUCUCAGAUUAUUAUUAGGAUUAGCUACAAAUCACAUGAACAUGUGCUAUGUGACAAUAUAAUAAUAUCUAAAGUCCAUUAUUGAUACCUUAAAGUCUAAUAUACACAACAGUUUCUCAUAGUUUUUUUUUAUUAUAUCUUUGAGAUUAUAUACAUACCUUUUAAGAACUGAAUUGAUAAAAGGCAUACAGGAUGUUCUUUCCCUGAGAAGUAGACAAUUAAAAUUAGUCACAUGAGGAAAAACGAAACAAAUUACUAUUACAUCGUCUAGCUAUACUCUUGUCCCUUAUAACCUGAUAGCCAUUAAUAACAAUAGUUCUUCCUAUGGAUCUACUAAAAAAAGUGAGUGUGGUAAUCAAAAUCUUGGCAAUGUUUCAUAACCAGGUUUGAUCUUGGUGUUCGUAACACGUUUUGUCAAUAUUUGAUUUUAGAAGUCAGAUUCCCAGUCCCAAUUUCUGAAUCUCAAAUUUGAAAGUUUGAAUUGCUAACUGAAAACUUUUUUGUUCACAGUUGGGAUGUUGAAAACAGUUUAGAGGUUGGGACCGUUAUGAGCCAUUUUAAAUAUCCCCAACCUCCAUCUGGCAAUUUUAACCACUCCUAAAAGAUAUCUGUUAAAAAUAAGAGGGGAAAUUUCAAGAUCUUUGGAUCUUGAAAUGAAUAAGACUUCAGAAUGUUUAAUUAGAAUCAAUAUAGCUUGGCCAUAAUAAUCAUCUCCCAUCAUUUUAGUCUUUAAAAUUUAAGGGACUUACUGGAAACAAUGAUGACAAAUAUAGAUUCCAUUCAUUGCUAAUUUCCUUCUUGGAUGAUAAACACUUGGAGAUCAUUGACUAAGAGUGCUGUUGGGUCAACUCUUAUUGCAUUGAAGACUGAAAAAUUGACAAUAUCAGGACCGUGAUUAUUCUGAAUUUGAUCAGCACUAUAGAAGCUUUUAGUGGGAUUGCUCCGACGGUCUUAAAAAUUCUUUAUUGUUUAAAAGUGUGUUGUGAUACAAACAGAAAGAGUUUCCUUGAUCUUUCAGUUGAAUACAGGUAUUGAAAACUGAACACUGUAGUUAUUAUUAAAAAAAAGAAAGUCACA